UGAAGCAGAAAGGCAGGACUGCUGAGCUGAUCAUCCAUGGUGUGGAGCCUGAUGACUGUGGGGAUUAUACCUGCAGCACGGGGUACGAGAUCACCACAGGUUCCGUCUAUGUCCAAGCCAAGAACAGCAUCGUCCAGGGCUUGGAGAACGUGGAAGCCAUGGAAGGAGGGGAAGCCCUGUUUGAAUGUUACCUUUCCAAGCCCGAGAGCUACAACUACGACUGGCUGAUUGACGAUGAACCUGCCAAAACUACAGAGAACAUUGAGAUGGUUUACUUCGAAAAUGGGCGCAGACAUGUCCUGCUGCUGAAGAACUUGACUCCCCAGGACAGCUGCAGGGUGACUUUUAUGUGCAGUGAUGCUGUGACUUCAGCCUUCCUGACGGUGAAAGGGUGGCGCCUACAGAUCUUGCAGCCCCUCAAAGAUGUGGAAGUCUCUGCAGGGGAGAAAGCUACAUUCAGCUGUGUCCUAAGUGAAGCUGUGCCAGUCAGUGAAGUUGCCUGGUACAGCAAUGACGUCGAGAUCCAGCCAGAUGAGGACUGGGAGGUACAAGCAGAUGGAAACAAAUACACACUGAUUCUGAGGAAAGCCCAACUGCAUCAUUCUGGAGAGGUCACCUUUGCUUCCAGGGAAGCAAUUGCUUCUGCCAAGUUGUCUGUGAUAGCCCACCCCGAUCCACCUGAAGAACCCGAAGUUUUAAGUAAGAACAGUCACUCUGUGACUCUGUCUUGGUACAAGCCGUUGAGCGACGGCGGUUGUGACAUCCUAGGCUACAACGUGGAGAGGAAAAUCCCGGGUGUUGGUUGGCAGUCCUGCAGCGAGGGCAUUGUUCAAAACACGGAGUUGAUGGUGGACAACCUCACCCCGGGUGAGCCCUACAGAUUCCGUGUCUCAGCUGUAAACAAAGUUGGGGCCAGCGAGCCGGUGCACUUCCCUCAGAUGGUGCAGCUAGGUGAGAACGGAGAGAUGUCCCCAUGGAGGACUGCAAGCUGCUGUAGACCCCGAUCAGUCACAGAAGGGGAAGUGGCUCGCUUGGAGUGUGAAUUGUCAGGUGAAGCUGAAGAGAGAGUGACAUGGUUCAAAGGAAAAGAACAAAUAAAAGCUGGAGGCAGAUAUGAGAUCCUCUCUGAAGGAAAGAAGCAGAUACUCAUCAUUCGUGCAUUUAAACCUGAAGAUCAGGACACAUACACCUGCAUGGUUUCUCCAGAAGAAGCACCCCCUGCGAGCCAAGCAGAAGAGCUGGUGGAUGGCCAUGUCCAGCCCAGUUUGCCCCCUGAGGCUGCUCAGGAGGGAGAUCUUCACCUCCUGUGGGAAGCUCUGGCCAAGAAACGUCGGAUGAGCCGGGAGCCAACCUUGGAUUCCAUCAGCGAGGUGCCUGAAGAGGAAGAGAAGCUUCAGAAGCUGAGGAAAGAGGAAGCAGAGAUGUCUCACUAUUACUCAGAGGAGUACUCCACGUGUGAUGAGCUGGCUAGGACAGGAGAAGCAGAUUUCUCUUUCACUAGCUCAGAUGACGAGUCUAGAGCUGGGACUCCUUCACUAGUCAACUACCUCAAGAAAGCUGGGAAGACAAGCAUCAGCGUUACCAGCACAAAAUCCAGUGUGGAGACUGUCGUGGCUGCCCCAGCUGCUAAGCCAGCUGAACCAGAAAUGCCAGAUUUAGACGAUCCUUCCAUGAACAAGGCCGCCGUGAAGAUCCAAGCUGCUUUCAAAGGCUAUAAAGUCAGGAAAGAGAUCAAGCAACAAGAGUGCCCAGUGUUUACCGAGACCUUCAAGGAUUUCUCUGGUGAGCCUGGAAGCACCCUCCACCUUGAGUGUGUGGCCCACAGCAAAACUGAUAUGAACGUCCGUUGGCUGAAAGAUGGGGAGGAGCUUUCAGAUGGUCGUUACUAUCACAUAGACAAUUACAGUGAUGGGACCUGCUCCUUGAUAAUCACUGGCCUGGAGAGGAAGGAUGCAGGUAAAUACACCUGUGAGGCUUCCAAUAAAUUUGGCAAGGUUUCACACAGUGCUAAGGUGGUUAUUGGCACUGCUGACAGUGAGACAGAGAGUUCAUCUGGCAGUGAGCUGGAUGAUGCUUUCCGGAAAGCAGGAAGGAGACUCCACAGGCUCUUCAGGGCCAAGAUCUCAACAGAGAUAUCUGACGUGGAAGAAGAGCUCUUUGUCAGUGCAGACGAAGGGGACGUGGAGGUGGUCGACCACCAGACGUAUCGUGAGGACGAUCAGUACAUCUACAUCAAGUUCGAAAUUUUGUCCGAGGCAAAAACUGCUGCCACCCGAUUCAGAGAGAUGUUUGGUGCCCUGGGAAUUCCCGUGGAGAUUGACAUUUUGGAACAAGGCCCUAAAAAGAUUGAACUGCGUAUUGGGAAGGCAACGCCGCCCACCCAUGGGAAGUUUGCACCAUCAGUGAUGAGACCUCCACCUCCUUUGCUGACUUCUGAUACAGCUCCCAUGUUCCUGACUGAGCUCCAAAACCAAGAGGUACAAGAUGGAUACCCAGUCAGCUUCGACUGCAUCGUAGUUGGGAAACCUCUCCCCACGGUCCGCUGGUUCAAGGAUGGCAAAGCUCUUGAAGAAAACGACCACUACAUGAUCAACGAGGACCAGGAAGGGUGCCACCAGCUGAUCAUCACAGCCGUGGUCCCCACCGACAUGGGCGUUUACCGUUGCCUGGCUGAAAACAACAUGGGAGUGGCUUCUACCAAGGCUGAGCUUCGAGUUGACCUGACCAGCACCGACUAUGAGACAGCAGCAGAUGCAACAGAGACAUCAUCCUACUACAGUGCCAAAGAAUAUAUUUCAAGCCGAGAACAGGAGGAAUCUACCAAUGAGGAGGAGCAAUUGCCCCAGAUCUUCGAUGAGCUUCACGAUAUUCAUGUGGCACCUGGAGCAUCACUGGCCAAAUUUCACCUGAAGGUGAAAGGGUACCCACAGCCUCGUCUCUACUGGUUCAAAAAUGGACAACCACUGAAGCCCUCGGAUCGCAUCCUGAAGACCGACAAGCGGGAGUUCCACUCGCUGGAGAUCCGUGAUGUCACUAAGGCAGAUGCUGGCCAGUACUCCAUAUUUGUCAUCAACUCUGCUGGCUCUGCUUAUUCGUCGGCCAGGCUGGUAGUCAGAGAUCCUGAUGAGAAAGAAGAGCCAUCAGAGACAGAUUCCCAUGAGCAGCUGAUACCACCAAGGUUCCUAGAAAGAUUUACCAACAAAAAGGUGAAAAAAGGUGCAAGCAUCACAUUAUCUGUAAAAGUUGAAGGACAUCCACCACCAACUAUUACUUGGCUGAAAGAAGAGUCUCGGGAAGACAUCCUGUGGAUCAAACCAGACACCCCUGGAUAUAAACUUGCCAGCUCAAACAUGCAUCACAGCCUAAUCCUAUUGGAUGUUAAAAAGAAAUACAGUGGAGCUUACACAUGCAUUGCUACCAACAAGGCUGGCCAGUCCAUCUGCACUGCCACCCUGGAGGUUGCAGAUGUGAAAGAGGCUGAAGUUCUGACCCAGGAGCGUGUGAUGGUGUCAGAAGCCAUCAUGACCACACUGGG